AUGCUGAAAGCAACCAAUGGCUUUACCUGCACUGGGAUAUGGCCCUUUAACCCGGAUGUUUUCACUGAUGACGAUUUUGCAGGCUCCGCUAUUACGGAUGACCCCGAGCCUGAAACACAACUGGCCCAAACAGCCUUGCCACCAGACAAUCCUGGGUCAGGACCUAGGGCAACAUCAGAUCCCAUAUUGCCACCAGACAAGCCAGAUUCAGAGCCUGGACCAUCCGAUGCCGUAUUGCCACGAGACAAGCCAGAUUCAGAGCCUGGGACAUCCGAUGCUGUAUUGCCACGAGACAAGCCAGAUUCAGGGCCUGGGACAUCCGAUGCAGAAUUGCCACCAGACAAACCAGAUUCAGAGCCUGGAACAUCCGAUGCCGUAUUGCCACCAGACAAACCAGAUUCAGGGCCUGGGACAUCUGAUGCAGUAUUGCCACCAGACAAACCAGAUUCAGGGCCUGGAACAUCCGAUGCAGAAUUGCCACCAGACAAACCAGAUUCAGAGCCUGGAACAUCCGAUGCUGUAUUGCCACCAGACAAACCAGAUUCAGGGCCUGGGACAUCCGAUGCAGAAUUGCCACCAGACAAACCAGAUUCAGGGCCUGGAACAUCCGAUGCAGAAUUGCCACGAGACAAACCAGAUUCAGGGCCUGGAACAUCCGAUGCUGUAUUGCCACCAGACAAACCAGAUUCAGGGCCUGGAACAUCCGAUGCAGAAUUGCCACCAGACACACCAGAUUCAGGGCCUGGAACAUCCGAUGCUGUAUUGCCACCAGACAAGCCAGAUUCAGGGCCUGGAACAUCCGAUGCUGUAUUGCCACCAGACAAACCAGAUUCAGGGCCUGGAACAUCCGAUGCUGUAUUGCCACCAGACAAGCCAGAUUCAGAGCCCGGAACAUCUGAUGCAGUAUUGCCAGGGUUACAUGCAACCAACUCUUUCAGAACUGACUGCAGGUUCUUCAGACGAACCCCAACCAGAUGUUAG